AUGGCUGAAGAGAACAAGAGUGCUUGGAAGGAGGACGUUCCGGAUAUUGUCCCCUUUGAUCGUACUAAAAAGAAGAAAAAGAAGAAGGUUAUAGUUCGGGAUUCUUCAAGCGAUUCUGUGGACAAAUUGGCUGAAAAAACAGAAAACCUGGCAGGUAGUUUAAGUGCAGUUUCUGAUGGACAGGAAAGUGCAUUUUCUGGUUUGAAAAAGAAGAAGAAGAAGCCAGUUGAAUCCAGUAACUUGAAUGAAGAGGGUGGUGAUACAAGGGAAGAGUCGGAUGACCGGACUGGGGAUGAUGAAGAAGGAGAAGAAAACGUUUUAGGGGAAUCACAUCCAUGGCUAGGGAGCGAUCGUGACUACCACUACGAGGAGCUUCUUGGUAGAGUGUUCAACAUUCUUCGGGAGAAUAAUCCUGAGCUGGCAGGUGACAGGCGUAGAACAACUAUGAGGCCUCCACAAGUACUUCGUGAGGGCACAAAGAAAACCGUCUUUGUUAAUUUCAUGGACUUGUGUAAGACGAUGCACAGGCAGCCAGAUCAUGUUAUGGCCUUUUUACUGGCUGAACUGGGGACAAGUGGAUCCCUUGACGGUCAGCAGAGGCUAGUUGUGAAGGGAAGAUUUGCACCCAAGAAUUUUGAAGGAAUAUUACGGCGUUAUGUCAAUGAAUAUGUCAUUUGCAUUGGGUGCAAAAGUCCUGACACUAUACUUUCCAAGGAGAAUCGUCUCUUCUUUCUCAGAUGUGAGAAGUGUGGUUCUGGACGAUCUGUUGCUCCAAUUAAAGCUGGUUUUGUUGCUCGUGUUGGGCGAAGAAAUGCCGGGGCAUGAUCUCAAUCCUCCUGUUUUGGUCUCUAUUAGAG